ACAAGAGGAGGGCAACUCUCUCUCUCUCUCUCUCUCUCUCUCUCUCUCUCUCAAAAUGAAGAAUGUCAACAACAGCAACACAAGGCUCAUCCUCCUCCACCCUUACAUCCAGAAGCAAGGAAGCUCCAACCGCCUCUGGCUCCUCGCUUUCAUCUCCUUCUUGACCACGGCCUUCGUCGUCACCCUCAUUUACACCAGAGAAUAUUCCACGACCGCUGCCUCCGCCACCACCGCCACCUUUCCCUCUGCCACGACUGCCUAUAGCAACGCGCCUCUGCCAUCAACCGUCAUCAACACCCUCCUUCACUACUCAUCCAAGUCCAACGACUCUUUCCGCAUGUCCUACUCCGAGCUCAAGCCCAUCUCGGAUGUCCUGAGGAAAUGCUCCUCCCCUUGCAACUUCCUAGUCUUUGGCCUUACUCAUGAGACCCUCCUCUGGAAAGCCCUCAACCACAACGGCAGGACCGUCUUCAUCGACGAGAACCGCUACUACGCCGCGUACGUCGAGCAAAAGCAUCCCGAGAUCGACGCCUACGACGUCCAGUACACGACGAAGAUGAGCGAGAUGCGGGAACUCAUGGCCUCCACAAGGGAGCAGGUACGCAACGAGUGCAGGCCCGUGCAGAAUCUCUUGUUCUCCGAGUGUAAGCUGGCGAUCAACGAUCUCCCCAAUCACGCUUACGAGGUGGACUGGGACGUCAUCCUCGUGGACGGGCCCCGCGAGGAGUGGCCCAACGGUCCUGGCCGGAUGUCGGCGAUAUUCACAGCAGGGGUCCUGGCGAGGAGCAAGAAGGGCGGGAACCCGAAGACGCACGUGUUUGUGCAUGACUUCUGCGGGGAGGUGGAGAGGGCAUACAGUGAGGAGUUCUUGUGCAGAGAGAACUUGGUGGAGUCAACUGAGAAGCUUGGUCACUUUGUGUUGGAGAGGAUGGACCCUAACAGCUUCCACUUCUGUGGUAACCGCACUCAUCGGCUCCAUCACCCAGUUCACUAGUAUAUCAUCAUUUGCUCACCGUAAUCAAAAUGAUGUACGAAAGUCAAUAAUUUAUCGCACAAAGCCUUAUUUUUCCUGAAUGGAAAAUAAAUUUUGCCAAGCAAAUUGCACCAGUCA